CCUUCUUGCUUCUAGUGGGUGUGGAAAUGACUGAACUGGAGUUUUGAACAAAAUUUAUGUGCUUUUAAAUCAUGGUAUUUGACUGUUGUCUCGACGAUGAGGCGAAGCGAGCAAAGCAGACAUCCAAAGACAUAGAUAAAAAGCUCAGUCGCGAAAAGGAGCGCUUUCGGCGACAAGUCAAGAUCUUACUUCUUGGCGCCGGGGAAUCGGGCAAAAGCACCUUUCUGAAACAGAUGCGAAUUAUCCAUGGCGAAGACUACGAUGUUAGUGCCUUGUCUGAAUUCAGACCUAUUGUCUAUAGCAAUAUUUUAAAAGGAAUGAAGGUUCUUGCGGAUGCUAGAAGAAAACUUGGUAUUGACUGGGGAGACCCUAAUAAUCAGCGAUACGCUCGCACGAUUCUCGAUUUCCAAGCACCCCAAAAAAUUGAGACGAAUUUGUUUCUGCAAUAUGUCGACGCUGUUAGCAAAUUAUGGCAAGAUGAAGGAAUUCAAAUUGCUUAUGAUCGUCGGAGAGAAUUUCAAUUGGGGGACUCAACGAAGUAUUUUCUUGAUCAAUUGCACAGAAUUGGAUUGCCAGAUUACCUGCCUUCGAAACAAGAUGCAUUGCACGCGAGAAAGGCAACCAAGGGCAUAGUGGAACAUGAAUUUGACAUCAAAGGCAUACCAUUUAAAAUGGUAGAUGUUGGAGGACAGCGAUCCCAGCGUGCAAAAUGGUUUCAGUGCUUCGAAGAAGUUACGUCAAUUCUAUUUCUUGUGUCGUCAAGUGCAUUCGAUCAAGUGUUGAUGGAGGACAGGACGACCAAUCGACUUGUGGAGUCGUGCAAUAUAUUUGAAACAAUUGUGAAUAAUAAGUUCUUUAGUAAUGUCUCGAUAAUACUUUUCCUCAAUAAGACGGACCUCCUUGAGAUUAAAGUCCAGACAACAAACAUCAAAGAUUUCUUUCCCCAAUAUGAUGGCAAUCCACAUAAGCUCAGUGAUGUACAGACAUUUAUACUACAGAUGUUCAACAGCAAGCGACGAGAACAAUCGAAAGCUCUUUUUCACCAUUACACGACAGCCAUUGACACUGAAAACAUUAAAUUUGUAUUUCAUGCUGUCAAGGACACCAUACUGCAGUUCAACCUUAAAGCUUUAAUGUUGCAAUAACAAUUUUAUCAAAAGCAACAGUAUCGGAUCAUUUUUACCAUCUUGUGAAGACACUUCUCCAAGAAUGAAGUUGACUAUAUAUUGGACUAGUUGAAGCAUUCCUUGGCUCUCAAAGAUUCAUCAACUUUGCUCUCCCAUACCUUUCAGAGAUUGCUUGUUUUUUGUAACAAAUAAUUGAAAAAUCUAUUUUUAGUACCACAUGUUGGCAAUCCCAGUUAUAUAUAGAUAGUAGCUGUUCAAUGAAACAAUAAAUGAUGAUUGAUGAAUAUAUGAUAAACAAUACAUAUGACAUUAUUUUUCUACUGUUAAAACAUGUAGUUAAUUUAUAGUUAAUAUUGUAAAAUUAUUUGCGCUUUGACAUUUCAUUACUGUUCUAAAGUAAUUCUGCACUUUUUGUAUGAAUUUCGUGGUACUAAGAAACAUUUGUCUUUAUUUAAAUCUCGUUUUCUAUUGUAUUUUAUUUCGUGUAUAAAUGUCGAUUAAAGUUCCGAUUGCUUGCGCAA